UCUUCUCUGCCAUUCCUCUCCCCUUCAUCCACACAAAUUUUUUCCGGAGUCCUCCAUGAAAGCUUGAGAUCGAGAGAGCUCGCCACCGUCGUCCGCCGCCGCAGAACCCAUCUCACCCCUCCUCCUCCCCGGCCGCCUCCUCUCUCUCGGGCCGUCCGAUGGCGAUCGAGCUGCAUCUUGGCUUCUCCAAGAUGGAGGAUCACACGGCGAUACAGGAGGCCGCGUCUCAGGGGCUGAAGACCAUGGAGCACCUGAUCGGCGUCCUCUCCCGCCAGAACCUCCACCACCCCGGCGCCGUCGACUGCACCGACCUCACCGACCGGACCGUCUCCAAGUUCAGGAAGGUCAUCUCCCUCCUGGACCGCACCGGCCACGCCCGCUUCCGGCGGGCCCCGCUCCCCUCCUCCUCCUCUUCCUCCUCCAAGUCUGCCCCCGUCGCUUCCCCUGUCCCCCCGGCGGUUCAGUCUCGGAGCCAGCCUCUAGCGCCGACGCCCAUCCAGGCCCCGACGAGCUCGCAGCCGUCUCCGGCCAGCUUCCUCCACGCGCAGCCCAAGCAGAGCUUGACCCUCGACUUCACCCGGCCGAGCAUCCUGGGCCCCAACUCCAAAGGCGUUUCCGAGAUCGAGUUCGCGAAGGACAGCUUCAGCGUGUCGUCCAACUCUUCCUUCAUGUCUUCGGCGAUCACCGGCGACGGAAGCGUUUCGAACGGGAAGCUGGGGACGUCGAUGUUCAUAGCUCCGGCGUCCGGCCCGGCUUCGUCCGCCGGAAAGCCACCGAUCUCGAGCGUGCCGUACAAGAAGCGGUGCCACGAGCACGACCCCUCCGAUAACAUCUCCGGCAAGCACUCCGGCUCCGGCAGCGGCAAGUGCCACUGCUCCAAAAGAAGGAAAAACCGAGUGAAGAAGGUGACGAGAGUGCCGGCGAUCAGCAACAAGAUCGCGGACAUCCCGGCCGACGAGUUCUCGUGGAGGAAGUACGGACAGAAGCCGAUCAAAGGGUCUCCCUUCCCACGAGGUUACUACAAGUGCAGUACAAUGAGAGGGUGCCCCGCGAGGAAACACGUGGAGAGGGCCCCCGACGAUCCAACGAUGCUGAUCGUGACGUACGAGGGGGAGCAUCGUCACUCCCAGCCCGCGUCGCAGGAGAUUGUGCCCGCCGGUGCGAUGAACCUGGUAUUCAAGUCAACCUGAGGGCGGCUGACAAGUCAAAGCCGGAGGAGAUAGGGUUUUUUUUUACCUCAAAUUUGAGCGGAUGUAAAUUUUGUUUUCCCCAACUUUGUAUUAAAGAAACAGAAAUUGGCACAACAUUUUCAAACUUGACUAGCUAGCUGGGUUCCCCAUAUUUAAUUUAAUCUUAAAUUCGUUUACUUUCAA